AUGCGCCCCUCACUCAUCCUACGGGCAGCCCACCAGAGGAAGCCCCUCAUAAAAUUCCUGGGCAAAAGAACACCGCCCAAAUCAGUAGACCACACACCUCACGCCCACCCAGCCUCGCCCACAGAUUCGCUCCCCGAAAGCUUCGCCUCGUACCGGUCGAAAGCUCAACAGCAUGGUCCGCUGAGAGGAGGGAACGGCAAUGGGGGCGGUGGUCCUACACCGUCCUUCUCCGCACCCACCACCAGCUCUGUGACUUACGGUCGCAUUGGAGGCCACGCCGGACGGGAACUGGGUCCUGUCGAACCUAAGAAGGGCGAGUUCUUUGACCGGGACGAACUGCCCAAGCGGUUCCGGCGGACGCCCUGGUCGGAAGAGGAGAUUGAAGCGAUAACCAGUGGAGGGGCCAGCAUGUUUGCUUAA